GUCUGGCCCGCAACCUGCACCCUCGCAUCGGCAUCCGAGAAACAGAGACGUCCCGAGCCUCCCCCCUCCUCGUUCCCUGCCGCCGCCGCCGCCGCUAGCCAUGGGGUACACCAAGGAACAGCUCCUCGCGCGCCUCCAGGAGCUUAACAUUGAUUUCACGUGCUACGAUCACCCUGUUGUGUUGACAGUCGUCGAACAGGCCAAAUAUGUUGGUCAUUUAGGAGGUGCUUUGAGUAAAAAUUUACUUUUGAAGGACAAGAAGCAUCGGUUGUAUGUUGUUUCUGCCCUCACUGACACCAAAGUUGACAUGAAAAUUCUAUCCCAGCGGCUUGGUUUGGGAAAAGGUGGUCUACGAAUGGCUCCUGAGGAAAAUUUGCUAGAAGUGCUUCAGGUGCCUUUAGGGUGUGUUACUCCCUUUGCGUUAAUAAAUGAGUCUGCAAGUGCCGUUUCACUAUUACUUGAUCAAGGUUUCAAGUCUAAACAAAGCUGUUACUUCCAUCCACUGACAAAUGAUGUGACAAUUGCUCUUAGCUCAAGCAAUCUGGACAAGUUUCUCAUCUCCAUUGGGAAGCAGCCAGCUUAUGUGGACUUAGAGGCUUCACCAGCUGUGGGUAAGGAUAAUCCUCCUGAUCUAGCACAUCUUGUGCCAUCUGGUGUCCUGAAUUCCUCAGAACAACCAGUUGAGAACGUGACACCUACUAAUGUUCUUCAUCAAAAUAAUGUGCCCAAAGCGACAGUGAAGGCUAAGCCCAAAAUUCAGAGCAAGAGCGCAGAAAAGUCGCAGAGCAAAGUAGACAAACCUAAUAACGGUACCAGUGUUGAAAAAAUUGUAAAUGAUGUGUUUGGCAUCAUCUCCCCAUUGUUCCUGGAUGAGGUAUCAAAGAAAUUGAAUGUUAAGAAGGAAGAGCUUUCUUUGAUCUUAGAUUUAGAUGGCUUAAAGGGACGAGCUGCUCCUGAUUUGGAGAGUGUAACGACGAGUCUGAAGAAUGCAUCAUACACCGCAGGGUUUCAUGCUGGUUUCGAGACCAUGCGCAAUGGGGGUUUAAACAGCCUACCCUCUCGGAAAUAAAUUGGAUAAUUUAGUACAAGAGACGAGAAUCUGAUUUACAUUUUCCUAUGUUCUUGACUAUUAAAUGAUAUUUUCGGGUUUGUUCAAUUGUUUUCCGAGGAGCUGAGAGAAGAAUGAGGAAAAAAAUCACCAUUCCCUGCCGUGUUCUAUAGAGCAUAUAUUUUUUACA